UCAAGAUCAAGACCGAGACCCAGACCAAGACCAGUUCGAAGGCGCCGAGACCCGAGGGAGACCCGAGUGUGUCCUUGUGGCCUCGUGUGACCUUGUUCCAGUGUGUCAUGUGGUGCGUGGGCGUCCCGGGGCCUACAACCUGACGGGGAGCAUAAUAAAGGGAGUGGAUAGAGAGAGAGAGGACAAGGAAGGGAGUGAACAACAACAACAACAAGAGCAAAGAAGAAUAACAACAACAACAACAACAUCAUGGUGGGCGCCAACGCAGAGGAGGAACAGGGCGCCUUUGGCUGUCCGCUGUGCAAGGUGACUGGCCUGACGAGGGAUCAAUUUGAGGAACACAAGUCACUGGCGCAGCACAGGGUGAAAUGGCUGAAACACUGGUACAACAGCAACAGAAUCUUGCUGGCCCAGAACAAGAAUGGCGUGGAGGUGACCGCGAAGGGGAACCUGGACGGCAUCACCACAGACUACCAAACGGGCUUCGUGGCGGUGUCUCUGAGGCCAGGUGGUCAGAAGUUCUUCCAGCUGAUGGUGAAGAACACAAGCCGCGACCCGGUCAUCCUGCGGCAGAUCGAGGCCCUGCAUGCCUGUCCCUCCGUCACCAUCAGCGACAACUAUGGGGUGUGCCGCGGCGAGCGAUACGUCAGAGUGCUCGGAGGUGUGGAGUACUUGGUGGAGUGCCAAACGAGCGCUCGGAACCUCGGUGUGGAGCAGGUGCCCAUCGCCUUCCAGUUCAAGACCGAGACCUCCGAUGAGCUCUUCUUCAUCAUCAGGACGGUGCAAGUUCAAGUACAGGACCAGGUGGCAGAGGAUAGCGCCCCGACCAGUGUGUUCGAGCGCCCCGUGGCUGGUCCCAACCUGUUCAUCAGCCCCGAGAACAUCAUCCCCGGCAAGCCCCUGAAAGAUCAGUCGCCUCCGAGCAACCUGAGCAAGAUGGUGCGGCUGAAGCAAUACCCGUACAGCCGUAACCUGCAGAACAUCGCGCGCAAGAACUUCAACCCCAACAAAGUGACCACGGAGCUUGUCGCCGAGGCCACCAAGCUACAGGUGAUGAUGCAGGAGGGUCUUAAGCCGCACAAUUACCGCCAGUGGUUCCAGACGCUGCUGUGGAUCGAGGAGAUGCAGAUGGAGCUGGACAUCCGCUUCUACUCCAUGGAGGACGCAGUGCUGAAGAGGGUCCCCAUGCAGCAAUACUCGGCCAAUGAGUGCGUGGAGCUUAGGGUUCCCGGGCUGGCUGAGAACCGUCCAUCUGUGCUUCGCGGCGACAACGUUCUCGUGACGCACAAGGGACGGAAGAGGCCGGUGUUCGCGGGAGUGGUGCAUCAGGUCCAGGACACCAGCCUGUACUUGGCCUUCGGGGAUGAGUUCAUGGAAACUUUCAUCGACAACAUGAAAGUGAACGUGAGCUUCGAGUUCAACCGCCACCCGCUGAAAGUGAGCCACCGCGCCCUGGAGAUGAGCGGCCAGAACCAGCUCACCCACCUCACCUUCCCCGUCCUCCCCCCCCUGGCGGAGACCUCUGUACGGAGCAUUGUGCCAUUCAACCGUAAGCUGGACCACAACCCCGAGCAGAUGUUGGCCGUAAGAAACAUCGUGUCGGGAACAUCGCGGCCGGCCCCCUACGUCGUGUUUGGCCCUCCCGGCACUGGCAAGACUGUCACCAUCGUCGAGGCCAUCAAGCAGGUUAUCAAGCUCCACCCUCAGAGCUGCGUCCUGGCCUGCACGCCCUCCAACUCCGCAGCGGACCUCAUCGCCAUCCGCCUGCUGGAGCAUGUGUCCCGCCAGCAGAUAUACCGGAUGCACGCUAACUCCAGGCUUGUGUCCACCAUCCCCGAACCGCUGAAGGGCAUCUCCAACGUGUCGGGUACCCAGAUCAUCUACCCCAAGGAGGACGCGCUGCUCCAGUACCGGGUCCUCGUCUGCACCAUGGUGACCGCCGCCAGACUUGUGACGGCCGGUUUCCCCAAGACGCACUUCAGCCACAUCUUCCUGGACGAGAGUGGCCACAGCACCGAGCCCGAGGCGGUGGUGGCGCUGUCCGGCCUGUCGACGCGGGACACACAGGUGGUGCUGACCGGCGACCCGCACCAGCUGGGACCCGUCAUCAGGAACCCACAGUGCUUCUCAUCCUACAGGCUCUUCAACAGCAAUGGCCUCGACAAGUCAUACCUGGAGCGUGUGAUGGAGGCGGACCUGUACCAGCCUGAGCCGGGGCGGGGGUUCAACACGAAGGUGGUGACCAAGCUGCUCAACAACUAUCGCUCCCACCCGGCCAUCCUCAAAGUGCCCAAUGACUUCUUCUACAACUCAGAGCUCAAGGUGUGUGGUGACCAGAUGCUGAUUCACUCCUUCUGCAACUGGGAGCACCUGCCCAAGAGAAACUUUCCCAUGGUGUUCCACGCUGUCAAGGGCAAGGACGAGAGGGAAGGAAACAGCCCCAGCUACUUCAACCCCCAGGAGGUGUCUACGGUGGUGGCCUGGGUGAAGAAGCUGCUGGACUCCAAGGCGCCCAAGGUGACCGCCAAGGACGUGGGGGUCAUCACGCCCUACAGGAGACAGGUGGAGAAGAUCCGGGCACAGCUGCGCAAGGUUCGGGGGGCGGAGCAGAUCAAGGUGGGCUCGCCGGAGGAGUUCCAGGGCGACGAGCGGCUGGUCAUCAUCAUCUCCACGGUGCGCGCCUCACAGGACAAGAUGAGCGACGACCACAUCUUCAAACUUGGCUUCCUCCGCAACCCCAAGAGGUUCAACGUGGCUAUCACCCGCGCCAAGGCUCUCCUCAUCGUGGUGGGCUGCCCGGAGAUCCUCAGCCUGGACGAGCACUGGGGUGAGCUGCUGAGGUAUAUCCAGGGGGAAGGCGGCUACAGGGGCCAUGCCUUCACCCAGACGGCUGACCUGGAUGACCUCAUUGCUAGAUUUGAUAACCUGGAUCUCCGACCUGUGUUGGGGAUGGAGGUGAGUGCCCGGGAGAUGGCUGAGGCACCUGAGUGGAGAGCGGAGCAUUAAGAACAACCGUAGCAGAAAACAGCAGACAGAUCAACAGAACAGCAGCAGACAUAGCACAAUGGACAAAGAGAGGCAGACAGCAGAACAAGAGGCAGAGAACAGCAGAAGUAGCAGAAGGAAGAACCAAAUAAAUAACCACUUCUACCUCCCUGCUCAAAUAGCCGCUUCCGUUGCGUCGAAAUUGGAAGGAAGAGAACAACAGAAAGAACAGGCAGAAAACAGUAGGCAAAGAACAGAAGUAGCAGGAGGAAGAAACACAUAACCCCUGCUACCUGCUUGCCUGCUCGGAUUGCCUGCUUGUGCUGCGUCUGAAUUGAAAGGAAGAAAAGAGAAGUACGAGUUUUGGUUCAGUCUGCCACGAGAAAGGACGAAGGAGCCUGUCAUUGAUUAAGGGGAGGUGCCAUUCUUAAAGUGGAACAUCAACACAAAUAAGGAUGUUCUAAUAGUGAGGCUUUAAAAUAGUUACGUGUCACCCAUUUUCUGUUAAGGUUUGGUAUUCCUAUGAUGAUUUUCCUGGUAAAACAAAGAUUAAGAUAUAUGAUUUAUUUUGCGUGUACCUCGAGAGUUUAUGUAUGUGUGUGUAGGACAUUUUUAUAUAUUUUUAUACCACAUUAUUUGGCAUUGUUUUGAUUCCUGGCUCUUGAAACUCCUUGAAACUGAUACAUUGUUACUUGGUGCUAAAUAACUAACAUUGAUCUGUAUCUCGGCACUGUGAAGUAGUGAAAACCGUUACCAAAAGAUGGAUGAUGUAAACAAAAUCUUGCAUGCUCAUUCUUUUUACAUAUGCAAAGACAGAUAUUCCUUUUUUGUGUGUGUGUGUGUUUGUGAAUGUCGUCUGAAAUUAAUGCACUUUUUCCUGUAACGGAGUGAAGUAUUUUUAAAAGGAAAGUGUAAUGUACAAAAUGUAGCUGUGAGUUGGGUUAGUAAAGGGACCAAACUUGAA